AUGGCCUAUACCGAUGAUGCCGUCAAAGCAAAGCUCUCGGCUCUCAAUGACUCCCAAGAGAGCAUCGUUACUGUUGCGCAAUGGGUCAUGUUCCACAGACGACAUGCCGAACGAACCGGUCAAAUUUGGCUUCAGAGAAUCCGCGAAUCCCCUCCUCCCAAACGUCUCAACUUGAUCUACCUGGCGAAUGAGGUGGCCCAACAAUCCAAGGCGCGUGGAAAGGAUGAUUUCCUUAUUGCCUUUUCCCCGAUUGUUGUGGAAGCUACAGCCACGGCUUACAAGGGUAACUCGAAUGACUUCCAACAAAGAAUCCGCCGAGUUGUGGAGGUCUGGAGACAACGCAAUGUCUUUGAGGGACCGAUUCUGGAUGCGGUGGAAGCUACUGUGAAUGAAAUCGACAAGACUCGCUCUACCACCAAGAAGCAAACCCUUGGGGGCUCUUUCUUCAAGGACAAUUCAUCUGGUUCCACUCCAUCUGAACUUCAGCCUUUGGUCCCAUUGCAGGUUGCUCUCUCCAAGGCCGCUCUGAGCUCGAACUCGUCUGCCACAACUGCCAUUUCCGAGUUCGACAAACUGCAUGAUCCCAAUAACCCACAGCCCACUCCGCCUGUCCAAGCUGCCCGUCUUAGCCACCUCUUGAAGACUCUCGCCAAUGCCGAGAGCUCAGUCUCUGAGGUUAUCAAGUCACGCCGCGCCUUGAUCGAUGGACUCGAGAAGAUGCUCCAGACUAACCGCGCUGAGCUUGCAAAGGAGGAGACUCUUAGCACAGAUAUCUCGGCAAAGAAGACUCAGGUCGACAUCAAGAAGCACGAGGUCGAAGAUGCUAUUAUGCGCGGCAUCUCAAGCGAAGAUAGUUCUGCCGCACCUGGUGAACACGGCGGCCAUGACGAGUCAGUCGCCCGUCCAGAGGUCGAGGCUCUGACUCCACCCCCAGUGGAAGCCAUCACCCCCGUGGGAUCCCCGCAGCCUGAGAAGCAGCAACCCGAGAAGCAGCAGAUCCGCCGUGGGCCAUUUACCGAAGACGCGGACGAAGAAGAGACCCCAGACUGGGCCAAUCUCGAAAUUCCUCCCGACGCUGCCCCAACAGGCAACGGAGCUUCAGCCACACUUCCCCUCGGCCAAGGCAAUGACUUCAAUCUCGCUACCAAUGGACAAGCAAAGCGACGCAAGAUCUCCCACGGCGAGGAAGACUACUCGGAAUUCGCAGGUGGUGAUCUGGAUGCUGAUGUUGCUGAGUUGCUUGCCAGCCAGGGCAAGUAG